AUGGAUCCUAACAAACCAGAUUUUUCUAAUUAUUUUUCUGAUUUGGGUGAUGAUUUUGUCACUAACCCUCGAUUUCAAACCUUCCUUCAACGAAUAGCUACUCAAUAUCCACCGCAACAAACACCUCCUCAAUUUCCACCACAACAAACACCUCCUCAAUUUCCACCACCACAUUCACCUCCUGUUUAUCAAGGGAGCAAUUCUCAAUAUGAAGAUGAAAUGGAAGAAAGUGUUCCAGAUACUCCACAAUACCCUCCACCUCCUCCAAGAGUGUCUGUCAAUCAAAACCAACCACUUACAAAAGGGAGUCGAAUGUGGUCUGUUGCGGAGGAUGAAACUCUUAUUGGUUUGUAUCUGCAAUUCAGUGAAGAUGCAAUUGUUGGUACAAACCAAAAAGCAUCUGUGCUUUGGAGAAAAAUUUCAGCAGCAUAUGAUGAAGCGCAGGCUGAGAAACCUCACAUUCUACCACUAAGACCUUUGAGGAGUUUGGAAAGUCGUUGGAGAAGGAUGGCAGCUGAUUUAAUACAAUGGAGUAGCUGCUAUGACGAAGCAGGAAGGGUUACAGGAAGUGGCUACAACGAAGCAGAUCGAAUUAAUAACGCCAGUAAGUUAUUCUAUGCUUCCUCCAAGCCUACUCAACAUAAUUUUAAUUGUCACCAUGGUUGGGAAAUGGUUAAAAAUGACCCAAAGUGGAGGACAAAACUUAGGUGGGCGUUGUCAAGAGAGGAAAGAUUAGCUGUAGGUGAUGCCGUCGAAGAUGAUAGUAGUGGCAGUGAUAAGCGAUGUCUUCCUCGACCCGAUGGUGUUAAAAAGGCAAAGGCCAAGCGUAAUAAGGGAAAAGAAGUGGCUUCUGAUUCUUCAACCAUUGGUGAGCAAAUGAAGCAGAAUAAUGCCUGUAGGGAAACAGAGGCACAAAUACGGUUGAAGAAGUUGGAUUUUGACAUGGAAAGGGAGAGGAGGAAACAAAAACAAGUCGAAAUUCAACAAAAACAAGUUGACAUACAAGAGAGAAGGCUGAACUAUGAAAUGCUGCAAGAUCUACUUUCAAAGGGUACUGAUCUAACUCCCGAUGAAGAGGCCUACAAGGAGGAAUUAGAAUUACGUGCAAUGCUAUAUGGUAAAAGGCACGUGUGA